UCCUGAGGAAGGGAUAAAAAGAUUGGUUUUUAUUGUGACUAGUGAGGGACUAGGAGUUUUUGAGAUGAAAAGGUGUUGGCUGGUAGGGGUGUUGGUUGUGGUAGGGUGUGUCUUCUUGUUGGGCAGUGUUGGGGUAGAAGGUUACCCUGCUGAGGAUCUCAUUGUGAGGUUGCCUGGUCAACCCAAGGUUGGGUUCAAGCAAUAUGCAGGGUAUGUUGACAUAGAUGUCAAAAAUGGGAGAAGCUUGUUCUACUAUUUUGUUGAGGCUGAGAAUGGCCAUCACAAGAAACCCCUUGCACUUUGGCUCAAUGGAGGCCCGGGAUGUUCCUCAAUUGGAGGAGGUGCCUUUACUGAGUUGGGUCCCUUUUAUCCCAGAGGUGAUGGACGUGGUCUACGAAGAAAUUCAAUGUCUUGGAAUAGAGCAUCCAAUCUUCUCUUCGUGGAGUCCCCAGCUGGAGUUGGUUGGUCAUACUCAAACACAACUUCAGAUUACAACAUUGGAGACGCAUCCACAGCCAAUGAUAUGCUUCUGUUCAUGCUGAAAUGGUACGAGAAGUUUCCUUCCUACAGAUCAAGGGAGCUGUUUCUUACUGGAGAAAGCUAUGCAGGACAUUAUAUACCACAGUUAGCUAAUGCUAUUUUGGACCACAAUGCUAAUUCAGCUGGUUUCAAAUUCAAUAUUAAAGGAGUUGCUAUUGGAAACCCACUUCUGAAACUUGAUCGUGAUGCACAAGCAACUUAUGAAUACUUCUGGUCACAUGGAAUGAUUUCCGAUGAAGUUGGCCUUGCCAUUACGAAUGAUUGCGAUUUUGAUGAUUAUGUUUUUUCAAAUACACAACAUAAUGUGUCUAAAUCAUGCAACAAAGCAUUAAACAAAGCCGAAAAAAUUGUUGGCGAUUAUAUAAACAACUAUGAUGUGAUUCUGGAUGUUUGUUAUCCAUCCAUAGUUGAACAAGAACUAAGAUUGAAAAAGAUGGCUACGAAAAUAAGCAUAGGUGUAGAUGUCUGCAUGGAUUAUGAAAGAAGUUUUUAUUUCAACCUUCCUGAGGUUCAGAAGGCUCUGCAUGCAAACCGUACCAAUCUUCCGUACCAAUGGAAUAUGUGCAGUGGUGUCUUGAAUUAUAGCGACACUGAUCCUAACAUAAACAUGCUUCCAGUUCUCAAAAGGAUAGUUAAAAACCAUAUUCCAGUAUGGGUUUUCAGUGGAGACCAAGAUUCUGUUGUGCCAUUACUAGGUUCUCGAACACUCAUUCGUGAGCUAGCGAAUGAACUGAAGUUCAAGAUCACAGUCCCAUAUGGAGCUUGGUUCCACAAAGGGCAGGUUGGAGGUUGGGUAACCGAGUACGGAAAUUUGUUGACUUUUGCGACUGUUAGGGGAGCUGCUCACAUGGUACCCUAUGCACAGCCUUCAAGGGCACUCCGUCUCUUCAGUUCAUUUGUGCAUGGAAAGAGAUUGCCAAACACAACACGCCCUUCAAUUGAUUAAUAAUUCAGAUUUAAGAACAUGGAUCCACCUGUGCUACCCAUAAUGUCUAGUUCAUUAGAUAUUUCACCUAAAAGAGGAGGUCUCUCUUUAUAGGUCAUUUAUCAAAUGUAUGGGAAAAAAAAAUACAAACAAAGAAAAAUUACAAAAUAUUCCA